AUGUCAGAAUCACGGAGCAGUAAGACUUGUUGUCAUGACGACGACAAGCGACGUUCGUCACCACCACGACGGAGUGCGCCCGUACUUCCAGGAUUCUACUUCGACCCAGUUAGUAACCGAUACUACAAGGCCGACAAGAACACUCCUCCCCCUCCAACCAAAGUCCGUAGAAAUUCCUCUCAGUCCUCGGGAGGACGGAGCAGCGGUAAAAGAAAGUGUCAGUGUGUAGUAGAGCCUAACAAGCCAGCAAUCGCCAAGUGUCCAGGCUCUCUUCCCUCCCUUUUGUUCCAGCGACAGAUGGGGCAGAUAAAGAGUCACGUGUUCCAGAGAAGAGCGUUCCAAGUGUCCGCGUAUGGUCUCAAGAAGCAGGUGGUAGGCAGCACGUGCCACCGUGGUACUGUGUCUCACCUCCUGGUGAACGAGAAACAGGACAUCCUCUUAGCGUCCGCCAAAUCAGGUCAUGGAGCUGCUUUGUGGAAGUACACUGUCAGUAAGUGUGACAAAUUCUACGUCCACAUAAAACGAGAUGAAAACGUUCUCUUCUCCCCGGUCUCAGAGAUAACAGACAUCAGUUUCCUGCCUCAAGUAGUGAGACCUGGCUCCGCUGCUCUGAUCAGCUUGUUGGGAGGAGCAGGUCAGCACGGCCGGGUCUCACUCCUAGACCUGGAGCAAGGCUCCUUUAUCUCCACCUACUAUGUCUCCCAGAGUAACGUAUGGUCCUGCUGUUGGAACGCUCAGGACCACCACUCGCUCUGUAUCGGGGCCAGUAAAGAGGGGUAUGUUCAGGACAUUGUAACCAACACCAGGCUGGUUCUCUUCACCAACAAGUCAGACGUGUUGAGUAUCCGCUGUGCGGCCACCUCCCCACUUGUAUACACCGGGUCACGUAACCGAAUGUUGAUCUGUCACGACCUCCGCGCUAAGAAGGCUGCCUUCCAGAUCGAGCACCAGUCGUCCGUGGGCGACAUCAAGCUGCUGAGAUCUGAACAAACUCUGAUCAGCAGUGCGUUUAACGGUCAAGUGGUACAAUGGGAUCUCCGGACACAACGCCACGUGGUGGCUUACCCGGGUCACAUUAACGACUACGCUCCGGUAAAGUUAAAAGUGGACGAAAGCGAGAGUCUGCUUCUCAUCCCGGGUAAAGACCUCCAAACUCGGAUCUGGGCUGUGGACACGGGAGCUCUGAUAAACACACUGCCUCCCCCUGCUGAGGACUCCCUCAUCUCCCAUCACAACAUUCCUGCUUGUGAGGUUGGGCUAAACUGGGGCGGCUUCUACCCUGGGUUCGCUAUCGCAGCUACAGGCUUGCUGCACUGGUACUCUCUCUAGAGAGUGUAAGUAUAUACAAUAUACAUCCUUACACGCAGGCUCUAUUACUUCCACUCCAUUUACUAUUUGCUCCAGUUAGAGAAAGUUCUACUUCCCUCUCUGAAUUAUAUGAUGCAGGUAAAUUAUACACUGUACAGUGUACAAGUUAACGAGGAGAGCGCGUAUAUAAUAGUGUAUCGUCGUUGAGAUAAUUGGCUAAUUAACACACAAUUUAACUAGUGGCAUCGCUCUUUUAAACAAUUUUUCCGUAAUUAUAAUUGGUAGCAGUACUUAUGAAGGGGCUUAGUAUGUACCUGGUGCAUGGCCUACCUAACUGUUAGUUCUACUUUCUAACAUCACAAGUAAGUAAAAUGAGUUAAACACUGAAAGUUAAACAGGUGCACUAUCUUUAGUAUAUUGGGGUGCUUUACAGUUUACACCGUCUCGAGACAUCCCGCGGUUAUUAAAGGGUGUUAGUGUUAGUGUUAAUUGGCUUGAUGACGAUGCAGAGUUUUGUUUUGGGCAGAUUAUGAUAGGUUUUACACAUACAUAUAUUAAUAAUAUUAGGUUUUAUAAUUUAUAUAUUUAACGUCAGAAGUUGUUUUGUGUUUUAAAGGACAUUGUUUUGAUUUAUAUACACUGGAAUUUGUGAAGCUUUUAUCCC